AUGCACACCAGCUGCAGGAGCCCAGACGGGUCAGACCAGCACCGCCGGGCCCCGGGGCGGCCCGAGAGACGGAUGAGGGGCACGGUCUCGCGGAAAGCAGCAGAACCGUUCCAGACUCCCGGGUCCUGGGGCUUGUCUGGCAUCUGCAGCACCAGAACACGACCAGCCCACACAGAGAGGAACGGUCACUACCACAACAGUCACCAGCACAACGGUCACUACCGCGACAGCCACCAGCACAACGGUCACUACCGCGACAGUCACCAGCACAACGGUCACUACCGCGACAGUCACCAGCACAACGGUCACUACCGCGACAGUCACCAGCACAACGGUCACUACCGCGACAGUCACCAGCACAACGGUCACUACCACAACAAUCACAAGCAGAACGGUCACUACCGCGACAGCCACCAGCACAACGGUCACUACCACGACAGUCACCAGCACAACGGUCACUACCACGACAGUCACCAGCAGAACGGUCACUACCACGACAGUCACCAGCAGAACGGUCACUACCACGACAGCCACCAGCACAACGGUCACUACCACGACAGUCACCAGCACAACGGUCACUACCACGACAGUCACCAGCACAACGGUCACUACCGCGACAGCCACCAGCACAACGGUCACUACCACGACAGCCACCAGCACAACGGUCACUACCACGACAGUCACCAGCAGAACGGUCACUACCACGACAGUCACCAGCAGAACGGUCACUACCACGACAGCCACCAGCACAACGGUCACUACCACGACAGUCACCAGCAGAACGGUCACUACCACGACAGUCACCAGCACAACGGUCACUACCACGACAGUCACCAGCACAACGGUCACUACCGCGACAGUCACCAGCACAACGGUCACUACCACGACAGUCACCAGCAGAACGUUCACUACCGCGACAGUCACCAGCACAACGGUCACUACCACAACAAUCACAAGCAGAACGGUCACUACCACGACAGUCACCAGCAAGACAGAUGCCAUAAGGACUCUAGUAAGACGGUCUACCAGCACGGUCACUACCAAGAUGGCUACCAGUGA